AUGACGGGAUGGACCAGCAUUGCACUCGCUGGUGCACUGGUGCUGUGCGUGCUUUUGCUCUGCGUCACCACGUUCCGGCUGCUGCUGCGCAUCGCCGCGGCCCACGGCACGAGCCCGUGGACCCUCCUCGGCUUGUGGGUCGCGCGGAGCCCCCUUGCGCGCCUCGGCGUCGGUGCCGCGCGAGGGGUGCGGCGGAUCUGCCGCUGGCUUUGCACGCACUUGCCCAUCCUUCACGGUAUGCGCCCUGCCGCUACGUCGCACGCCGUGUGGGAGCGGAUCUGCCGCAGGGCGAACAAGGAGCCGACCGAGGGCCCGCCCGACAUCGAGCGGCGCCCGUUCGUCGAGCAGCGCUCGGCGCUGGAGCAGAAGCUGUGGGGGGCGGCCGCGCGCGAGGCCGCGCAGCUUCGGGAGUGGCUGCAGGCGACGCGGAACACGACGCCCUUCAUCGAGGCGCUCGCCUCUUUGGUUUCCUCGCACCGCCACGGCCAUUGUGCUGACGUCGCAGACCCUGAGGCGGGUGGGAGGCUCACCAGGGCGUUCUCGCUGGGCAGCAGGAUGCCCAGCACGGAAGCGUCGAAAGCGUCGCUGAGCCUGGGGGACCUGCUUCGCUUCUGCCUCAACGAGCAGGGCGCGGGGGGGCGCACUCUGUGGGAGGAGUGGAAGGCAGGCCUCCGCGCCACCCGGCCAAACGAGGCCACCAUGGAGGAGUCUGAGCUCGUCUCAGUGCACGAGUUCGCCGCGCUGCUGCUCUCGCCGUGCAACAGCGCCAUCGAGCAGAGGAGCGCCCCGACGGAGGAUGCGACCGAGCCGCUCAGCAGCUACUGGAUCGCCUCGUCGCACAACAGCUUCCUCGAGGGGGACCAGCUCACCUCUGCGGCCUCGGCCGACAUGUACCGCCGCCUCCUGCUCUCGGGGACUCGCUGCCUCGAGAUCGACUGCUGGGACGGGCGGUGGUCGGGCCAGGGCCCGCGUGUCACUCAUCGCAUGCCGGGAGGGGUCUCUCUCCUUUGCGGGAGCGUAGCCUUCGGCGAGGUGGUCGCCGCGAUAGCCGAGCACGCCUUCACCAGCAGUCCUCUGCCCGUGAUCCUGAGCAUCGAGAUGCACUGCUCGGCGAAGCAGCAGAAGAAGGUCGCCAAAGAGCUCAUCGACACGCUCGGCGACAUGCUCUUGCGCACGCCGCGGUCGCCCUUCGAGCGCCCCACGGCCGCGAGCACCCUCCGCGAGCUGCACCGGACGGUGCUCGUCAAGAUGCGGCUCGAUAGGGGAGGGGUGAUCACCGACCCGCUCCUCCGCUCGCUCGUCACCCUCCCCACGUGCUCCAUCGGUUCGUCGCCGCCCGUGGAGGACGACAGCGGCAGGCGGCUCGACCGCAAGGGGAGCUGGAAGGAGCUCAGCGGCCGCUCUCUCCACCGGGGCGUCUGGGGCAGGCUCCGCGGCGUGCCUCUCGAGUGCCACGCAAAGGGCGACGGCGACAGCAGGGCCACGCAGGACAUCUCCGAGUCUUCCCUCGGGUCUCUAAGCUCGACCUGCUUGCAGAGCGGCCCGUGGCCAGCGGAGGAACCGGCGAGCGAGCUCUCGGCCGCCAAGCUGCCGCGCCGAGGUGUCGUGAGCUUGUCUGAGGAGCGGCUGGAGCGGCUGGCGAGCGAGGAGGGAGGGUGGCUGCCCGCCACGGCCGUCCAGCUCGUGCGAACUUUCCCCUCUCCGACUCGAUGGUUGUCGACCAACCCCAACCCGCUUGCGGCGUGGCGCGCGGGUGUCCAGAUGGUGGCGCUCAACCUGCAGACGAACGACGCUCCGGUCCUCUCCCUGCACCAGCUCCCGACGCGGGACGAGUGCCGGCCCCUCCUCGCCGAGCCUCGCCACUCCUUUGCUUCGCACCUCAGCGACAGCCCAUGCCCGCCCAGCGGGGCCCGUGCCAGCGUGUCGAGCCCGCGCGUCGCCGUCGAGCUGCACGCAAUUGGAGGCUUCUGCACCGUCGCGCGCGAGCCGCAGCCGUCGCCCGAGGCGCAGGGCGUGACCCGGCUCGUCACCGCGGUCGCGGAGGGCAACGGCCUCAACCCUAGCUUCGACGAGACCUUCCAUUGCCUCGCGGCCGAGCCUCACCAGACCAUCCUGCGGGUGGUGGUGGAGGAUGAGGGGCGGCUGGUGGCGUAUGAGACGGCGGUGCUCGGCUCCCUCCGCUGCGGCUACCGCUGCCUACACCUGCGCUCGCCCAGCGGCACGCGGAUCGACUCGUGCUGCCUCCUGCUCCACAUCUCCGUUGGGAGCGAGCCAAACACCUUCGGCACCGUCGAAGAGCUGCGCUCCAUGAUGCAGUCGCAGCGCGCGCUCAUCGCCCAGCAGAGCCGCGACAUCGCCCACCUCUCCGCCGAGCUCUCCCGGCUCGGAAGCCAGCCCUCGACGCCGAUGCUGACUCCGGGCGCCACGCUCACGGUCGGCCGCGCCUCCUACGGCGUGGCCCUCUUCCCGCUAGAUGAGCAGCACGCCUCGCCCCACGCCGGUGCUCCGGACGGCCGCGGCAGCGGGCCGGGGGACGCCUCGCGAAAGGACGGCGCGGCCAGCAUCGCGCGCCCGGCGUCCGAGGAGCGCCGCGUGACGCACUGCGGCAUGCCGCACUGCGACAUGCCGCAGCUGCACCGUUUCCCUCCGGACACCAUCGUGAACUCGGUGGCCUGCGAGGACGCGGUUGGCAUGACCGACAUCUACUUUGGAGACCUCUCGCUCAUCAACGAGGUGUCCGAGAAGAACAUCGUCACCGUGCCGAUGCAGCCCGGCGAGGCGACCGCCUGCACGCCGUCUCCUGGUUCGGCGACGAGAAGCUGGAGGACGACAGCGGCCAACAAGCCGGGCGACCUGCUCAACGUCGUGCUCAACUCGGCCUUCUGA